AUGGCAUUCACUCCGUCAACGGGCAAGCAAAAUCUGAAGGUAUGUUUGGAGAAGAGAGCCUCCAUGCAACAAAUUCCACCGGCACCGACAUCCAAUGCUGCUGAUCCUAAGGAACCUGAAGGGCCACCCGGGCUACAAGCACCGAUUGAAGGAGACCAAGAACCAAUGGAUAUGCUAGACGAAUGCCAUAAACUCACCGGGGAUCUUUUGCCGCGCAUAUCCGCUUGUCUCAAUGAGCUUACCAAGAAGACAACUAAAGGGAAAAUCGAUGAAGUUGGACAAGGAUUUACCGAUUGUCUGGCUACCAUCGACAACAAAUUGGGAAAAGUGAUCGAGUACUUGAUGCACGUCAUCUCAACAUCAUCGAACCAAAAAGUGAUGGACUUUGAGUUAAAGGAACAACUCGCUCUCGCUAAAGCUACAGAAGAUGAUUUUAAAAGAGAGCUCGCGAAGUUCUACGAGAAGCAUCUUGGCUCUGACGAGGAUCCUUUG